AUUCAAACCUUGACACUUGCAUUCAGUCUUUCAUAUUUUGUUUAUCUUCAUCAUAGUCUUUGCUCCUCUUUCAUUCCUGAAACGAAUUGAGAUAUUCGCUCACUGAGUUCAUUUCUUUUCUCAACAGUUUCAACUUCUUUGCUGAAGCAAGCUUCUUUGGUUUUACUUUCAUUAAUAUUGCAGCAAUCUUGUCUCUCGGAGCUCUUUAAUUUGGUUCAACUUCUUUUAUCAAAAACGGAAAAGGAAAAAAAAAAAAAAGAAGACAUAUUUCCUGGUUUUACUUUGUCACUUCAUUUGAUUGUGCUAUUUGAACUUCAUUUUCUUAUUUUUUACUUAUUUCCUGAAGAUCCCAAAGAUAAAGAAGCUACUUCACUUUUGCUUGAAUGCUCUGGAUUUCUGCAAGUGUAUUUUCCUCUACUAGAGAGACAUAUAUGAAUUAAAGAAACUGCUUUACUCUUAGUAAGCCAAAUUGAAGAGAUCCGGGCUUCAGUAUCCGGAGGAUCAGAAUCCAUUUCUUUGACGGGUAUAGAGACUGGUUGCAGUGCUCCAAACCUUCUUGGACCAACUUCUUCAAGACAAAACAGUGUCUUUUAGUUUAUGUGCCACGACCUGUGGAACCGGCAGAAGACAUGGAGAUUCUUACUACAGUUGCUGGAAAAGUAGCCGAGUAUACUGUUGAACCAAUUAUACGCCAGGGGGGGUAUAUAAUUCAUUGCAAAAGCAACCUUCAUACACUAAAGACUCGAGUGGAUGAACUGAAGGCUACCAGAGGGCGGAUGCAUAAUGACAUUGUUGCAGCUGAAAGAAAAGGUGAAAUAAUCCAGCCUGAUGUUGUGCUGUGGAUGACAGAAAGUGAUGAGAUCACUGGAAAAGCAGAGGAAUUAUUGAAUGACGACCAAGCAAAGAUGAAGUGUCUCCUUGGUUUUUGUCCUAAUCUAUUGACCCGUCAUCAGCUAAGCAGGAAAUCAACAAAGUUGGUGGAGGUGGUUGUUGAGUUGAAUGGAAAAGGAGUUUUUCCCAGUAUUUCAAUUGGUGGUCGUGCUGAAGAGGUAUUUCUCAAAUCUACCAAAGUUCCCGAGGCAUUUGAUUCUAGGAAUUUAACUAUAAAGGGGAUUAUAGAUGAAUUGAGCAAUCCAGAUACCAACAAGAUUGGGGUGUAUGGUAUUGGAGGGGUGGGGAAGACCACACUGGUGGAAGAAGUUGUUAGGCGAGUUAUGGAAGAUAAGCUAUUUGAUGAUGUGGUUAUGGUUCGAGAUGUGAAGGAAAAUCCAGACAUUGGAAGAAUUCAAAAAGAAAUUGCUGAAAAGCUAGAUAUGGAUUCCAAUGCUCUGGAGAGUCGAUCUAUAGCUGACAAAGCACGGCGGAUAUGUGGUAGGAUAUCAAACAAGAAUACUCUGAUAGUUUUGGAUGAUAUAUGGAGUUAUGUUGAUUUGAAAGCCGUGGGGCUUCCCGAUGUGGCAACUUGUAAAGUAUUGUUGACAUCUAGAAUAAAAGAAUUAUUAUACAAUAAGAUGGGUACACAGAAAAAUUUUCAGCUUGCCAACUUAGAGGAAAACGAAUGUUGGCAGUUAUUCGAAAGCAAGGCCGGUGAAGUUGUUAGAGAUCAACGUAUUCGAACUGUGGCAGCCCAAGUAGCCAAUAGAUGUGGUGGUUUGCCAAUUUUAGUUGUCACCGUUGCAAGUGCUUUGAAAGAAAGUACUCUACCCGAGUGGAGAAAUGCUCUCAAACGCCUUAAAAAGUUUGAGAAGAAAGGAUCGGCGGAACAAGCAUUCUUGGCUCUAGAGUGGAGUUAUGAUCGAUUGGAUGAUGAGGGGCUGAAGCCGUUGUUCCUGCUAUGCGGAGUUAUUGCAUGGAAGAACUCCAUCAGGCUUGAGGACUUGUUGAAACUUGCAAUGGGGUUGGGUUUGCUUAAAAACAUUGAUACAGUGGAAGAAGCACGAGAUUUAUUGCUUUCACUGGUUAAAAAGCUGAAAGGUUUUUGUCUUUUGCUAGACACUAAUAGUGACACAGCUGUCAGAAUGCAUGAUCUUGUAAUUGACGUGGCUGAUAAUAUUGCAUCUAGGGACGGACGAUUCUUAUCAGUAGCAUGCGGAGCUGAGUUGGAAAAUUGGACAGAUGAGGGUUUAUUUGGAAAGUGCAGCAAGAUCUCAAUCAAAUCCGACAGUCUCGCAAAACUCUCUGAAGUUUUAGAAUUCCAGAAAUUAGAAAUGUUCCAUUUGCGUUGUGAAGACAAGUACCGACUCCAAGUCCCAAACAGUUUUUUUGCAAACAUGGAAAAACUCAGAGUGUUGAGUUUAAUAAAUGUGAAGAAUCUUGCAUCUCUUGGGUUCUUGAAGAAUCUUCAGAUUUUGUGUUUAGAUCAAUGCGAGAUGGAAGACAUAGCUGUAGUUGGAGAGCUAAGCAAAUUAGAAAUUCUCAGCUUGGGAAACUCCAAUAUUACAGAACUGCCUAAAGAAAUUGGAGAAUUGACUUGUCUACGAUUGUUGGAUUUGACCUGGUGCUAUUCCCUUCAAGUGAUUGCACCUAAUGUUUUAUCAAGGCUGACAAGACUAGAAGACUUGAGAAUGAGAUACAGCCCUAUCAAAUGGGAGGCUGAACAUGAAGGUGAAAGAAGUAAUGCUAGUCUCUUGGAGCUGAAGCACUUGUCUCUACUAACUGCAUUGGAAAUAAAAAUUUCAAAUCCUGAUAUGCUUCCAAAAGGCUUAUUCUCCGAUAAAUUAGAAAGAUUCCAUAUAUGUAUUGGCAAUCACCCUUGGUCACUUAGGAGGAGUAUGAAUACGUUGAAACUCCAGUUCACUAGUGGCGAGGAAUUGGACCAAGGUCUAAAGACGAUGGUGAAGAGAUCUGAAGAUUUGACUUUGCAAGGGGGAGCGAAUGUUAAUGAAAUUGCCUAUCAAUUAGAAGGCGACAAUUUUCGGCAAGUAAAGCAUCUUCAACUCAGGGAACUAGAUAUUACAUUCAUCAUUAAUUCCAAGGUUGUGUUUUCCGGUUUAACAACCUUGAAAGUGAUUGACUGUCAUGGUAUAAAAUUCUUGUUCUCGUCUUCAAUGGCCAGAAGUGUAGUUCAACUCAAAACUCUCUACAUAAGUGGAUGUGGAAGCAUGGUGGAAAUAGUAUCCACACAAGAAGACAACGGAGAAAAUAAUAUAGUUAACAUGUUUUCUAGACUAGAAUUUCUGACAUUAAGAGAGCUUCCAAGCUUGGUUGGAUUCUGCUCAAGAAGUUAUGCUGGAUUUUCAUCGUUAGAGGAGGCACUCAUAUCUAAUGGUCAGAGUAAAGGUGCUACAAUUACCAAAGAAAUUGAAGAUGGAGACUCCAAGGAUCACCUAGGUGUUGACAAUGCUGUACAUUACUUUCUUUUUGAUGAAAAGGUUGUGUUUUCAAGUUUAACAACCUUGAAUGUGGAUGGAUGUCAUGGUAUAAAAUUCUUGUUCUCGUCUUCAAUGGCCAGAAGUCUAGUUCAACUCAAAACUCUCGAGAUACAUAAUUGUAGAAGCAUGGUGGAAAUAGUAUCCACACAAGAAGACGACGAGAAAAACAAUAUCGUUAACAUGUUCUCUAAACUAGAAUCUCUGACAUUAAGAGAGCUUCCAAGCUUCGUUGGAUUCUGCUCAGGAAGUUAUGCUGGAUUUUCAUCAUUAGAGGAGGCACUCAUAUCUAAUUGUCAGAGUAAAAGUACUACAAUUACCAAAGAAAUUGAAGAUGGAGACUCGAAGGAUCACCUAGGUGUUGACAAUGCUGUACAUUACUUUCUUUUUGAUGAAAAGGUAACAUUUCCUAGCUUGGAGAUAUUAUGGCUCGAAAAGCUACCUAAGUUGGAGGCAGUAUGGCAAAACCAACUUGCACCAGACUCUUUUUGCAGGAUUAGAGAAGUUAGAGUUGACAAUUGCCCCAGUUUAAUAAAUCUCUUUGUGCCUUGUAUCACGGAAAGAUUAGAUGCUCUAAAAACCUUGAGGGUGUGGUCCUGCCCGGCACUAGAAGUGGCAUUCAAAUGCAGAGGACUAAAAUUUAAAGAAACACAUGACCCAUCAACCAAAGAGUUGAAAACUUUCAACUGCUGUCCCAAUCUAGAAUAUUUUAGCAUACAACGCUCUGACAAACUGAAAUACAUUUUUCAGACGGAAGAGAGGCUGGAAACAGUGCCAAAGUUUGUGUUCCCAAAAGUAACAAAAUUGCUGCUUUCAAACCUGCCCCAAUUCAAGAGCAUCUAUCCAGGGACGCAUGUUUCACAGUGGCCUUCACUCCAAGAGCUGUAUGUGGAUGAAUGUGGUGAAGUAAAGAUUAUAGCCGGGGAACUUUCAGUCUAUCAAGAAAAACAAGAGUCUGCCUCUCACUCUAAUCCAAUCGAACAACCUCUCAUUUUAAUUGAGAAGGGUUCAUCACUCUUUCCCAGCAUGGAAACUUGGACCUUGGGGGCCAUAGAGAUGUGGAGUGGUCCACCCCCAGCACAGGUCUUUAGCAAAGUGAAAUUGGUUGAAGUUCGUGGCGCAACCUUCUCGAAGCACGCUGCUUUUCUUCAGAGAUUACACAAUCUUGAAAAAAUUAUUGUGAAGGACAUGGGAGACAAGGAUCCUUGCAGAGAAAUAUUUGUGGAUGCAGGAAAUAGUGGAGGGGAAAUUCAAGUAAAGAAAUUGACGAUCAGAGAUAUGAACGAACUUAUGCAUAUCGGGAAGGAGAGCUCUCAAUCAGCAGUUCCAGUUUUCCCCAAAUUGGAGAGACUACGGGUUAGUGAUUGUUCCCGAUUAAAGAAUCUCGAUUCAUCCACAAUAUCCUUCCAGAAUCUGACAUCGUUGACUGUAGACUCUCUUGAUGGACUGAAAUAUUUAGUAUCUCAUCGGAUUGCUAGAAGUUUAAUGCAACUCACAAGAUUGAAAAUCAGAUAUUGUAAAAGAAUGGAAGUAAUAGUGGCAACUGAGGAAGAUGAUGAUGAGCUUGCUUUCAGCCAGUUGAAACAUUUGGAAUUCUUUGUUGUACCACAUCUCCGAGGCUUGGGCUCGGGAAAUUGCAUUCUCAAGUUCCCUUCAUUAGAAACUUUAAAAAUAAGCAGGCGCCUCAAAUCGAAGCUUUUCUCCCACGAUGAAAUCCGAUGCAAGAUAGAUUACGACACUUACGACACAGACGUUGAGGAUGCUCCUGCUGAUGAUGAGGAUGGUAGCGACCACAAUGAGGUUAAUGAUGAUGGUCAUGGUAAGGACAAGAAGGAUGACAAAGAUAGUGCUUGUGAUGCGAAUGUGUGUUGAUGACUACCGAAACAGUGAACCCAAUCCAAAUCGCUGUUGCUCUCUACUCGAAUCAACAAAUUUCUCUCGCUCUCCUCGCACAAAAAUCCAAAACCAAAGAGAUAGAGACACGUUUCCUGCUCAAAAUCUCAAACUUGCUACUGCUCAGUUUUUUGUUUUGAGAUAUCGUUGUAUAUAUGUUUCCUACAGAUCGAUCAAUCUUCUUCAUUUGCUUCUGAGAUCAACAUCGGAGCAAACCCAGACUCGAUUACGGAAUUCAUCAGUUGAGCUCCGAAUUUCAGGCUCUGUUACUAAUCUGGUAAAACAAGACGGAUGAAGAAGCUGUUGAUAUUUCCGAG